UGCGUAUGUAGCAUCUCGGGCAGUCCUGGACAGUCCAGGCCGACAAAUCGAAGAAGCCCAUUGUAAGUCAUGCCGACACACAGGAAGCAGAAGGCGCUGCGUGCAGACAAUUUCUUCCAGUUGCCGAUGGGCGGACGAAGUUGAGCUUACGCCCCUUCGCCGCACUUCCACGCUGGACGGUGGGCCCAGUUUGGACCGGAGAAUUCUACUCCUGAAGGAACACGUGAAUUGAGCCUUUCAACCCGGUCACAGAGGUGGUGUCAUGGAGGUGACAGACUUCAUUGGUGAGACGGGAAUCUACCAGAACGUGAUGCUGGUGCUCUCGAUGUACCGGGGCAUGAUGCUGGCCAUCAACAACCUGUGCGCCUCGUUCCUCUUCCCUGAGGUGGACCACUGGUGCGCGCGGCCGCCUGAUUACGCACACUGGGACGUACAGCAGUGGAAGGCAGAAGCCAUCCCGCACGGAGACUCUGGGAUAGAACAGGACUCGUGUAUGCACUACGCCAUUUCAGACAAGGGCGGGUUUGACAACCUAUCAGUGGUUUCUUGCAAUUCAUGGGAGUACGACCAUUCCGAGUUCUGGCCCUCAGGCACAGAAAUGUGGAACCUUGUGUGCGGUUCUGCUUGGAAGAAUGCGUUGCCCCAGAGCAUCUACAUGGUCGGCAUGACAGUCGGUUUCGUCAUCAUGGGUCCAGCUCUCGGACAUGUGAGUUUGAAUUUUUUUCUUUCGGCAAACUUGACGGACAAUAUUCGUAAGAACCUGUUCGAAUUCGGCCGGCGGCCCGUUCUGCUGUACGGUCUGGUGAGCUACGUGAUACUGGAGUACCUGAUGGCUGUGACCAGCUCUUUCGGCUUCUUCUGCCUGCUGCGUUUUUUCAACGCCAUCUCUGUAGCCGCGGCGAACAACAGCCUGACACUCUAUGUGGAAAGCAUUGGUCCAAGCUACCGGGGACGAUCGAUGGUAGCAUAUGGCAUCUUCUGGGGAGUGGGCAUCGCCGUGCUGGCUGGCCUGGCUGCCGUUGUACCAGGAUGGCGGGUCCAGCUCGCUGUCUUCGCCACCAUGUAUGCACUGCCACUGCUGCUCUGGAGGUACAUAGUGGAGUCUCCCAAGUGGCUCUUGACAGUCGGAAAGUACAAGGAGGCCGAAGAAGCCAUCAGGAAGAUCGCUAAGAUAAAUAACUGCAAAGUUAUUGACGAGGAAGAACUCGCUAAGCUGAAGAAUCAGUACAAGGAGAAACAUGCGAAUCGGAAAGCGACAGCCUGCGCGGGAAUCCUGGCCAUGUGCAAUUCAAAAACGAUGGUCACAUUUACGCUGACCAACGUUAUUUUUCAGUUCUGCACAGCUCUCGUGCGGUACCAACUGGCACUGGAUACGGGGCUGCUGCCAGUGGACCCAUACAUGAAUUUCCUCGUGGGCGGUGCCAUCGAAGCAGUGAGCGGAAUCGCCAGCCAUCUGAUUCUACUGUACCUCCCACGCAAGAGUUCGACCAUCUGCUUUUUGAUUUUCACCAUGGUCGCGUAUCUACUCCACGCCUGUUUGCCAAAAGAUUACGCCUUGGCCGAAAGGCUGAUGAUGCUUGUGGGUCGGCUGUGCAUCGGAAAUGUGAUCAACAUCAACAUAAUCUACUUAAGCGAGAUGUUUCCCACUGGUGUUCGUGCAUUGGCGAUUGGGUUCGCCCAGACCGUGUUCGGAGUCGGAGCCGCCAUCCAGCCGCACAUCAAUCACCCCUUUGGCAACGCAACGUGGGACGCCGUCUUCCACGCGAUCAUCAUGUUGGUCGCGGCCGUGGUGUUGAUACCCUGGCCAGAGACCAAGGGGCGGCCGCUGCCGGAUUUCGUGGCCAACGCCGAGGCUUCGGGAAGUUUGGAAACAGCUGGAUCGGUUGCAGACAGCGCUAACGGCGCUGGGCACACUGCGGUACACGAUAAUGCUGGGUUCAGCCCCAACGAAGGUGAACUCGGCGCCAACGAGGCUGGAGCCAGCAUUAACAAGAUUUGGGGCCACCUCACCAAGACUGCGGACAGCCCCAUUCUUAUGGAGUUAGCCUCUUUCGAGCGGGUAAUCGGCGUACGGCGAGGUGCCGCCAUCGCUGCCUCUGUCGCUGGUGCCGUUGCUUCUCCUGGAGGCGCUGCCGCUAUUCCCGCGCUUAGGCGCGAGCAUAGCUUCUGAGUGGUGCCAUAUUUCUAGCACCUUCCCGCAGAAACGGGAUAGUGACGCAGGAAAAAGCUGAAGUUGUCUUUUUGUUUCCUCGGGUGUCAUCUGGUUUAACUCUUGCAGAUCGAAACCUCGGUACGUGAUUUGCAUUUAGUGUCAUGUUCCCUGAUCGUGUGUGUUCUCUGUUCGUCCCUCAACACCGCUUUUCGAUUAUUCUUGCUAUCGUGGGACUUUUCGAUAGUCGUGUGCAAGAUAGCCUUUGCCUAACUUGACUUUAGCUCUUCGAGCACUCGCAAUGAAAUCUCUCCGCAGGUCCCUUCAUAAACAAAUUGCCAACGACUGCUUUAAACACGGGAAUGCGGAAAAGCGCUAAGUCACUACCAUAUUGUGGUUAAGCUGCGUCACUCUAUUGCUUAUUCUUCGCUAUUUUUAUAACAGCCUUUCCUUCCAUAAAGGCGUAUUUGAAGCGUGUUUUUAAUCGUCCACUUUCCGAGUGCUUCUGACAGAAGCGUAGAUUCACCACUCAUUGCGCUCAUUAUAAAUUUUUUACUGCACCCCAUCAUGUCCGGAAAUUCGGCUUUGUUUUUUUAUAAAUUUUGAAUGGGCGAUAGCUUGCCACCCUCACUCAUUUAACGGGACGUCACUGCAACGGCGCACAUUCGUUGCAACUAGUAAAUAAACAUUUAUU